AUGAGCCGGUCACGUGGUGGUGUGACCCGUCUGACCGAGUCCGGCCUCUCCAUGGUCGACUGGAAGCUGCUGGGCAGGACCUGGCCCCAGUCGGAGGUCGAGUGGCAGGCUGAGCUGGAGAAGUACAGACACUACCCGGAGUUCCAGCUCAAGAAUCAGGAGAUCAGCAUGUCUGACUUCAAGUUCAUCUGGCUGAUGGAGUACGGCCAUCGGAUGUGGGGCCGGCUGAUCGGCGCCACGUUCGCCCUGCCGGCCGUCUACUUCUGGUACAAGGGCUACUUCACCAAGGCCAUGAGGCGACGCGUCCCCGUCUUCGGGUCCCUGAUUCUGCUACAGGGACUGAUGGGCUGGUACAUGGUCAAGUCCGGUCUGGACCACAAGAACUUUGAGGGCCCUUCAGACGUACCCAGGGUGUCGCAGUACCGGCUGGCCGCCCACCUGGGCGCCGCCCUCGUGCUGGCCACGCUGUUCCUGUACAACGGCCUGGACCACCUGCUGCCGGCCCAGAAGGUUCCGGUCACCACCGCCGUGCGACGCGUCCGCAUGAUGGCGCACGUCAGCAAGGGGUUCAUCUUCCUCGCCGCCUUCUCCGGAGCGUUCGUGGCUGGCCUGGACGCCGGCCUGACCUAUAACGAGUUCCCGCUGAUGGGCGGCCGGCUGGUGCCGUCCGACCUGAUGGCCUACAAGCCGGCGCUCUCCAACAUCACGGAGAACCCCACCACCGUCCAGUUCAACCACAGAGUGCUGGUAGGCCGGGCACCACCGUUUUUCGGCCUGGUCCAUGGGCUGUGGUACCUGUCGCGAAAGGCCCGGCUGCCUCCCAGAGCGCAUGCAGUGAACGCCAUGCUGGUCAUGACCUACAUACAACUGACGCUGGGAAUCGCCACGCUGCUGCUGUACGUGCCGACCCCGGUGGCGGCGGCCCACCAGACGGGCGCGCUCACACUCCUCUCGCUGGCCGUCUGGAUGACGCACGAGGUCAAGCUCCUCAAGUAUGUGCCCAAGUGAGCGCCGCUGGGCAGGUGGCCCCAGGUGGCCGGCGGUGGUCGCGCGUAGAUGGCGCGAGCGAGGUGCAGUGUGUGGGAACGGUAAGGGUCGAGGAGGCUGCAAUGAAACUAGGUGCUCCAAGACAGGAGUACAGCAUAUGGAGUGCAAGGUUGAUGUCUGUAUUGACAAUGGAUGCGUGAUAAUGGAUGCGUUGGAGCUGUCCUGAAGGGCGUUCUGUUCCGAGUCCCGAGACCGCUACAGUUAACAAGUCCACCAUCAGUAUUGCUUUAUGGUGGUGAUAAGCGGCAUCUGCAAGCGAUUUCUUUACAGUAGCAACGCUGUUGCCAUAGAGAAACAGGACAUUUAGGAGAGUAUUUGGUGCGUGUCAUAGGUUGCUGACUCUCGCCCAGUGAUAUGAAAUAUAUAGCAUUUAUAUUUACUGGA